AUGAAUCAUAGUGGAAGGAAAGCGGUGACAUCUUUUUUUGCUGCCUUUGAUGCCCUGUGUGAAGAAGGAACUGCAACAACUGUAUGCAGAGCUCUUGAUGACGUUGCAGAUAUAUCUAUACCAGGUUCAAAAGAUCAUGUGAAGGAGCAGGGUGAAAUCUUAGAGGGUAUUGUUGCUCGUAUUGUAAGCCAUGAGAGCUCAAAGCACAUGGUGGAAGUCUUAAAAGAUUUCCCUCCUCCACCAAUGGAAGGAGCUGUUCUUGAUUUGGGACCAAGCCUAAGGGAGAUUUGUGCUGCAAAUAGGUUGGAUGAAACACAGCAAAUAAAAGCACUUCUCUCAGGAGUUGGCUCUUUUUGCCCUGACCAUUCAGACUGGUUUGGAGGAGCUGGUGAUGCCCAUUCUAGAAAUGCAGAUAAAGCAGUGCUAUCAAAAUUUUUACAAUCUCAUCCUGCUGAUUAUUCGACCACCAAAUUGCAGGAAGUGAUACGUUUGAUGAGAGAAAAGCGUUUUCCUGCUGCCUUUAAAUGCUACCAUAACUUCCACAAACAUGAUGCGAUGUCCAGUGACAACCUUUUCUACAAAAUGGUCAUUCAUGUCCAUAGUGACUCUGCAUUUCGGCGUUAUCAGAAUGAGAUAAGGUGUUCAUUUGGUAGUUACACUCUUCAUAUUUCUGUAGGUUUUUUUGUUGACAUUAAUUUGUUCAAGGCAAGCAAUGAGAAAGCUGCUGAGAUUGCAAAAAACAAAAGCACUGUCGUGGAGGAUGAUGGUGGCACUGGUAUGUCAGGAAAACAUGGAUUGGCUGAUGAAGAUGCAAACUUAAUGAUCAAAUUGAAAUUUCUUACCUAUAAGUUGCGUACCUUUUUGAUCCGCAAUGGUUUGUCAAUUCUUUUUAAAGAAGGUCCAGCUGCUUAUAAAGCUUAUUACUUGAGGCAAAUGAAAAUAUGGGGCACUUCAGCUGGAAAGCAGAGGGAACUCAGCAAAAUGCUUGAUGAAUGGGCUGUGUACAUACGACGGAAAUGUGGAAACAAACAGCUAUCGUCAUCAGUGUACCUCAGUGAGGCUGAGCCUUUCCUUGAACAAUAUGCAAAACGGAGCCCACAGAAUCAGGCUCUUAUAGGAUCUGCUGGAAACUUGGUAAGGGCUGAAGACUUCUUGGCCAUAACUGAGGGUGGAAGAGAUGAAGAGGGUGAUCUUCAGAAGGAGUUUGUACCAUCAAGCCCCACAGCCUCAACUGGGGACAUCAUUCCAAAAGCUGAGGGUCUGAUUGUAUUCUUUCCCGGACUACCUGGUUCUGCUAAGUCUGCACUAUGCAAGGAACUACUCAAAGUCCCUGGACGAUUUGGGGAUGAUAGGCCAGUUCUCACUCUUAUGGGUGACCUUAUUAAAGGAAGAUAUUGGCAGAAGGUUGCUGAUGAACGGAAGAAAAAACCAUAUUCUAUAAUGCUUGCAGACAAGAAUGCACCAAAUGAAGAAGUGUGGAGACAGAUUGAAGACAUGUGCCACAGAACAGGGGCCUCUGCAGUUCCAGUUGUUCCUGAUUCUGAAGGCACUGAUUCAAAUCCGUUUUCUCUUGACGCAUUAGCGGUUUUCAUGUAUCGUGUGCUUCAACGUUCUAAUCAUCCGGGAAACCUUGAUAAGAAUUCUCCAAAUGGUGGCUAUGUGCUACUAAUGUUCUAUCACCUUUAUGAGGGCAAAAGCCGUGCCGAGUUUGAUGGUGAAUUAGUUGAGCGUUUUGGUUCGCUUGUCAAGAUACCACUGCUGAAAUCUGAUAGGAAUCCAUUACCUAAUCCUGUGAAGUCAACUCUUGAGGAGGGAAUGAAUUUAUACAAGCUUCACACCAAGACACAUGGAAGAUUGGAGUCUACCAAGGGAACCUAUGCAAAUGAGUGGGCUAAAUGGGAGAAACAGUUGCGGGAUGUUUUAUUUGGACACUCAGAAUAUCUGAAUUCUGUUCAGGUUUCUUUUGAGUCUGCUGUUAAGGAAGUAUCAGAAGAGCUAAGUAAGAUUGCUAAAGGUGAGUACAAGACUCCAGAGUAUAGAACUCCAGAUUCUGGGAAGAGCAAGAUCGGGGCCAUUGUUUUUGCUGCCAUUAGCCUGCCUGUUACUGAAAUCAGAGGUUUGCUUGAUAAUUUGGCUGGGAAAGAUGGUAAAGCCGCAGCUUUCCUGAAAGACAAGAAUUUGGAGAACAAGAUUAAUAAGGCCCAUGUUACUCUUGCACACAAGAGAAGUCAUGGUGUUACUGCAGUGGCUAAUUAUGGCAUCUUCCUACACAAACAAGUCCCUGUGGAUAUAACUGCACUGCUCUUCACGGAUAAAAUGGCAGCGUUUGAAGCAUGCCCUGGCUCUGUUGAAGGUGAAAGAGUCCUCUCCAAAAAUGAGUGGCCACAUAUUACCUUAUGGACCGCAGAGGGUAUUGCAGCUAAGGAGGCCAACUUGUUACACAGUUUGCAUUUAGAAGGGAAGGCUACUCGUAUUGCUAUUGAUCCACCUGCCACCAUUCACGGGCCGCUGGAGUUUUACUGAAGUCAUCUUUUCUUUGGCUUAAUUCGCGGCUAGAUUGACAUAGACAUAACAGUAGAAUACAGUUUUCUUUGAUGAUGCUGGAGUUGAAAUGAAGAGAGAGCUCAACUGCCAAGUGGAGGAGAAACUUUUGCAUGCAAACACGAAAAUGAGGAAAAUUUUGAUAUGUCAAGUUGUCUGAUAGUUUUGUAUAUAGGCAAUCGCAAACUUGAGCUAUAGCUUAAAGACUGGUGUACCCUACAUAUCCUUAACGAAAACAAACCGGGGGAAAUGAUAUCUUGAUUAAUGAGUCAACAUUCUGCAGUCCGCACAAUCAAUUGGUACUAACUGGAUGCUCA